AUGGCUUCCAAUACGGCAGAGAUCAAGCCUCCCUCACAGAUGAAAGCAGCAUACAUCGCUGAAUACCACAAACCCUACGCCCUCGGCACGCGCCCCCUCCCCAGUCUUCGCCCAACCGACAUUCUCGUGCGCGUGCACGCCGCCGGCUUCUGCCACUCAGACCUACAAGUGCAGCGCGGCGAAUUCCGCAACCCCGCGCCUCUCGGCCUCAUCCCCUCGCACGAGAUCGCCGGUAUCGUCGCGGAGCUAGGCGCUGAAUAUACCGGCCCCUUCAAGAGAGGCGACAAGGUCGGUGUGCUGAAUUUCAUGCACGCAUGCGGUAGCUGUGUCGGGUGUAGACUUCGAGCUCGAACAGGUGCAGCGGCAGACCCGCGCUUCUGCGACGUCCGCGAGACAGCGGGGUUCCGGCAUGAUGGCGGCUUCGCGGAGUAUGUGGCUGCGGACCCGGAGACGACGGUGCGGAUCCCUGAGUCAGUUUCCUUUGACCAGGCUGCGCCGCUGAUGUGUGCUGGUGCUACGGUUUGGGGUUCGCUUCAGGAAGCGACGAGGGGGAUUGAUCGGGGCGAGAACGUGGCUAUAAUUGGAGUAGGCGGGUUGGGCCAUCUCGCUCUACAGUUUGCCAAAGCAUUGGGCUUUCGGACGAUUGCGAUUGAACCCCGUGCAGCGGGACGACGACUGGCAACGGAGAUGGCCAAUGCGGCGCUACGACCUGAUCUGGUGGUUGACUCGUCCGAUGCGGAAUCAGCGAGCAUCGCCAUUUACAACUUUACAAACGGCGAGGGCGUCGCGGCGGCGGUUGUCUGCACGGCUUCUAUCGAAGCAAACCGGUGGGCAUUGACUCUACUGCGCGUGGGAGGGGUGCUGGGUCUUUUGGGGCUACCACAGGAGCCGUGGAAGUUUGAUGCUGCGCCGAUUGUGUUUCGCGAGCUGGUGAUCCGGGGCAGUUAUGUUUGUGGGAGGGAAGCGGCGGAGAGGAUGAUGGAAACUGUUGAGAAGGAGGGGGUGAGGUCGCAGCUUACGGUCGUGCCGUUUGAGAGGAUUCCGGAGAUUAUCGACUUGUAUCGUGAUCCGGAGUUUAGGGGAAGGCUGGUUGUGAGGGUUCGUGAGGAUGAUGGGAAUUAG